CUUCCCCACUUUAAAGAUUCCAAGUACAACCCAACCAACCACCUUCCUAACUCCUCUUUUAUCCUUUUUCCUCCUAAACCAUUCUAUAUAUCUAUCCUAUAUCUCUCUCAAUCUCUUCUCCAACACACCUUUCCAAUAUACCCUUGAAUUGAAUUCCAAACUCUUGUAAUGCCAACCCUUCACUCUAGCCCAUACAACCAAAUGGAAAAUCCAGCACUACUCUCAUUGCUCCAACACUCCACCGGUGGCGGCAAGAGAUCAUCAAAGAGUUCCUCCGGUGGGGGGUUCUUCCGGAUGUUCAAGCUCUUCCCUAUGCUGACCUCCGGCUGCAAGAUGGUGGCCUUGUUAGGCCGGCCGCGCAAGCCUCUUCUAGGGGACCACGCCACCACCGGGACACUGUUUGGGUACCGCAAAGGGAGAGUGAUCCUAGCAAUACAGGAGGACCCUCACCGCGUCCCCAUAUUCGUAAUAGAGCUCCCCAUACUCACGAGCGCCUUCCACAGAGAGAUGGCGUCCGACAUAGUGAGGCUGGCGCUGGAGAGCGAAACAAAGACUCCGAAGAAGAAGGUGUUGGAGGAGUUCGUUUGGGCCGUGUUUUGCAAUGGAAGGAAGAUUGGUUACUCCAUUAGGAGGAAGCAAAUGGGGGAGGAUGAGCUUCAUGUCAUGCAGCUUCUGAGGGGGGUUUCAAUGGGUGCAGGAGUACUUCCUUGCCCUAAUGAGAAGGAAAUGGCUGAUGGGGAAUUGACUUACAUUAGGGCUAGAUUUGAUAGGGUUGUGGGAUCAAAGGAUUCUGAAGCCCUGCACAUGAUAAAUCCAGAUGGGGCUGCAGGGCCUGAGUUGAGCAUUUUUUUUGUAAGAGUGCAUUAGAAAUAUAUAUAACGGAUAUAUAUAUAUAAGUCUUUAUGUAUAUUAAACCUUCUCCCAUAAGUGCCUUGAAACUUGAAUUGCUUUCUAAAGCUAUUUCAAUUCAUUGUUGUUUUCAAUGAUAUAAUGAAUACAGAAAUUAUUUGGGGCAUGAAUUUAAUUA